AUGAAACAUAUUCAACGCCGUGGAUUAUCGCGAUCUAGAAGCUCUUCCUCCUCAUCUUUUUCAUCCUCCUCGUCUUCAACAACGUCGGAUACAUGGCGAGAUGAUGGAUUAGAUGAAUUACUGUACAAGUCUCUCUGGAACAAAUCGGUCAUGUCUGAUGUGCGUGACCAGGAUUUAAAUGAUCUACUUUCACAGAACCCUGUGUUCUACACAACAAAACAAGAAAAUGAUGUGGAAACUUGCAUGAAAAUGCUCAUUCAUGACGAACGGUGCCCUGUAGCAGGUGCCAAUGUGUGUGGUCUCAUCUCUACCUUGUGUCACACGGAGAACGGACCAGCUUCUCUUUUUACGCAGAUCUUUCUCAGGAACUUCCGAACGUUUUGCUCUCCAAGAAAUUGUCUAAGGAGUAUUAUACAAAAAUACGAAAUGGCAGAAGACAAUGCCCACCGAGAACGUAUCCUUAGCAUACUUGUCGUAUGGGUUCGUGAUUAUUGGGAUACGGUACAGGACUCUCCCAUUUUAAAUGACUUCCUAGAUUUUUCACGCCGGACAUCUCUCACUUAUCAAUCAAAGAGUGUCCAAGAGCUCGAAUUCACAAGCAACUGGCUUCUUCGCUCAAGACAUUUGCCAACAUCACCACAAGUUUACGACAUCACGCAACACACGUUACGAACCCAAGGAUCAAGUGUGCCACCUCUUUCCAUUGUCUCUCGUUCAUUGUUAAAUGCACUAAAAAACUCUUCUUCUAUAUGGGAGGUACCUAUUUUAGAGUUUGAUCCAUUGGAACUUGCGCGUCAAAUCACUUUGUGUGAAAACACUCUGUUUUGUGCGAUUGAUCCUUUUGAGCCCAUGUAUCCCGUCGAAACAGACGUACCGGGCUCUUUGUGUCCACAAUAUAUUCGCAAAAUGACGAAGAUGUCCACACAGCUGACGAGCUGGAUCAGUCAGUGCAUUUUGCGUGAAACCAAUUUGAAACAACGCACAUUAGUCCUCCGUUUCUUCAUCUUAUUCGCUGAAGCGAGCUACAAGCUACAAAACUUCAAUCUGUUAAUGGAAAUCUUAGGUGCGCUUGGCUCAAGCAACCUUCACCGUCUUAAGAAAACGUGGAAAGGAUUGCCUCCCCGCAAGAUUGCCAAGUUUGAGUUUUUGAGUCAGCUAAUGGAUCCUGCGCGCAAUUUUAGCGCCUACCGCACCUGCUUACACAACGCGCAAGGACCAACUCUACCGUUUCUUGGUCUGAUUCUGACAGAUAUAACAUUCGCAAAAGAAGGCAAUCCUGUUCAACGUGUGUUUCCUGGCCUUGAUUUUCCUCUAGUCAACCUCGCGCGAUUUUACCAGCUGAAACAAAUUUUACGCGACUUUCAAAAAUUUCAGAAACCCUAUUCAAUCUCACCUGUGCCAGAGAUCCAGACUUUUAUCCGAGGCAUCUAUGAAGAUGGACGGCAUCGCACACCAUCUGAAUACUUUGCCGAAAAUGAGCAGUUCUACUAUCGCAGUUUGGAGCUGGAGCCUCGUAUGGCGGCGCCUAUGAACGUGCCUGCUUCCCCUCGCUCCCCAGGCUCUCGCAUGUUUGUACGCACGCUGACUGCUUUACGAAACUCAUCCGAGACACUUUCUUUGUCUGCGAACAAUCGUUCUGAUUCGCGCAGUCGCUGA